AAGUCGAUAGGAGAAAGAGGUAAAAAAAAUUAAUUGAUAGGCGUAAUGUAUAGAAUAGGUGAUGGUCAAUGGCCGGUGGUAUAGGUUCUCCUUGAAUAUCUGCAGUGAUCUUGAGCAGCUCUUUGUCUAUCCCUUCAAACUCUCCCACACUUGUUUCGAGAUCAAGGAGAAGAGAAAGAAGGAAGGAGGAAAACCAGCAGGAUCAACCAAGGGUGAGAGCAGCGGAGGAAAACCAGCAGGAUCAACCAAGGGUGCGGGCAGCAGAAAAAAAGGAUCAACCAAGGGUGAGGGCAGCGUCGCUGAAGCCAAGCUCAUGGAUGUGCUAGGACUAAUCCGGAUCAGGGUGCGCCGUGGGAUCCAUCUGGCCGUGCGCGACACCCUCAGCAGCGACCCCUACUGCGUCAUCUCAUGCUCCAACCAGAAGGUCAAGACCAAGGUUGUCAGGGGCAACUGCAACCCUGUGUGGAACGAGGAACUCACUAUCUACAUCAAGGAUUUCGAUUCUCCCAUAGUGCUCUCUGUGUUCGACAAGGACACGUUCACGGUGGAUGACAGCAUGGGGAGCGCGCAGAUAGACAUCGAUCCGCUGAUAAAAUGCCUGAAGCUGGGGCUGCAGAGCCUGCCGGAAGGGACGAAUGUGGAGAGGGUGCUCCCGACCAAGGAGAACUGCCUGGCUGAGGAGAGCUUCAUUGUGUGGACCAAAGGAGGGAAGAUGAUACAAGACAUGAUCCUCAAACUCAAUGAUGUUGAAUCCGGACAAGUCCAACUCCAGAUUGAAUGGAUUGAGAUUCCUGGCUGCAAAGGCCUCCGUGUCUAAUCCUCUAAUCACACAAAUUAAACCUCCCCCCUUACUAUUUUAAUUCUCUCACUACCUCUUUAAUUCUUUACCAUUUCCAAUUUGUACUUAAAUUGUUUUAUUGUUAGAACUGGCUCAUUUUCAUGUUAUCCAAUCAAUAAUUUCACAAUCAGAAAACAAUAGAUUUCCCCAUUAAGUCAA